AUGCUGGCAAAAGUCGACAAAAGCUCUGGCCGACAACGUCGACGGGUCCCGAUCACGUGCUCCAACUGCAGGCGGCGUAAGGUCAAGUGUGACAAGCAAAAGCCCGCCUGUGGCGGGUGUGUACGUAAUGGGGUCGCCAACCUGUGCGAGUACUUGCAGCCACAUUGGACUUCGGCCAAUGGCUUGAACUCGAGCCCCACCCCCAACACCGACCGUUCCCAGGACAUGAAUCAAGCCUCACAACUAUCCGAGCUAAGCCAGUUGAAAACGAGUUACGAGCGGAUUAUCGGCAACCAGAGAAAGGAAAUCGAGGAUCUCAAAAGGCAUCUUUCCUUCACCACUCAACUUACCACCCAACAGCCCCAUGACGACACCGGCGAUAGCCCCGUGGAAGUGUUGGCCAAGCUUCAUCCGUUGGCCGAUAGAAACAAGGACUCCUUGGAGAUCGAAGACUGUGUUAGUUACUCCAUCAAUUUGGAAGCCCCCAGGUCUAAGAAAUCGAUAAACCCAUCCGACACCAGUGAAAUCCAUUCGUGGAUCAGUAUCAUCAUGUUGGACCCCAAGCUCUCGGGCUUGUGGCUGAGGAUCAAUAACAUGCAGCGGAUAUAUCAUAUGUACAAAUCGGCAAUGGUGAAGAGACACGCAAACUCGAGAAUAACUGAAAUCGACUUCACGUCGCCAGGUCCUGCUUGCCACAUGCAAAACACAGACGUCAGUACUGCUUGUCCCGUAUCUGCUGGGUCCACUGAAUCCAUGCCCAAAAAGUGCCCGGUGGUGCUGUGUGACUUGAACUUUAUGAAUGAGUCGAUGAUGACUAUCCCUAAGGUCAGCUCCUUGUCGGCUGUAAAGCCGGUUGUCCACGAGUUCCUGACGGAGGGCCUCGAUGAGUUUACAAAAGGCGGCAUACGCUAUACAAAAAUGGUACAAGAAGUGUGGAGGCCCGUGGUACACAGUUUGCGAGCCAAUAAACCAUUAAACUCAACUCAACUCCAGUUCUUACUUGACUUUUACUUUAACCAGAAGACCGUCGACACAUCUCGGGACUUGACGGUGCUAUUUAAGGACGAAAUAGAUGAGAUCUACAUUUCCAAGAACGGUCGUCUCAUACUUAAUAUGGGGUUAGCGGUGCCGGGUGAAGAUGAUGCGGUCCUGAUAAAUAAGUUUUUGUUGAAAGGAGUCUAUGUGUGUAUAUUGAUGCUUAUUGUCGAGGAGUCACUAGACAUCUUGAAACUGAGCCACCAACAGUCGUUGCCUCCUGACGUGGUGACAAAGUUUCAGGCUCUUUUUCCCGAUGAAGUGAGGUUUGCGGGCCUAUCGUAUAAUGGCAGCCAAAACUUGAAUGCGGUGCAGAAGUACUUGGACAACUCCUGUUCUUCAAGCUCCAAUUUUUUUCUACUCAACCGGUCAUUGGUGACGUUAACAUGCAGAUUACUCUUGUUGGAUCGGGAUAUUAUGAACAAUGGAAGAGAGGGAAAUGAAAGAGGUGAGACCGAACGAGCCAUCAUGUUCAAGACGACGUUGGCAAUGGUAUUCGACCUUGAAAACCCAAUACAAAUAUGGAAACAGCCCACACAGAUUGUCCUUCCCGGUAACGACUCAAAGAAAAAGGUCAAGGACAUCCGGAUGCAUGCUUGUUUCCUUUGGAAUGAGUUGAUUCGGUGCUUGAAUAUCGUUUCUAGCUCGUUGGUUUCUUUUUCCAAGAGUGAUAGAGAGCUCCAGGCCCUUAUAGGACGGGCCCAUUCUCGGGUGGAAGAAGUUCAGGUUCAUGGGAACCACAUGAGGUAUUUACAAGGAUUGAAGUCCCCUCAUUUGGACAAGCUUAGCAGCAGUUUGCAAGUCAAUUACUUACUUUCAAAUGUUCAUCUUUUCUUUGCCAGAGGAGUCUCCAAUCUCUUGGGGGUGAAACUCACCAUGAAAGAUCUCGAUGAUUUGACGGGAGAAUGUGGAAGCUGGAUUGACGACGAAAGAUUAAAGAGACUAGCUCCUAUCAUUGAGUGGGAAUCCAAGAUCAUGCUUCAUUUCAGUAAUAUCUACACCACCUACGUGAUGUUUUUGCAGGUGGAAGAGAGCAAGCUAGAGAAGUUAAAAGAGAGUCUUAUAUCCACGAUUUUUGUGAAGAUCGAUGGUUACUUUAAGCUUUCAAAUCACAUUCUUGACCAGACCCUCAAUAAAGAGAGUCAGUACAUUUAUAAUGCAUUGUCCGAGUGUUUUGUUUCAGUGAUGCAGAUUCUUGUGGCUCUUUUGUUAAGAGUUUGCCUGAGACCCAAAGAGAAGAACGAGGAUUUGGUUAAACAGUUGUCAACUUUCUGUUAUUCCACCUCCAAGUCAUCCCUUAGAAUUGAAUCAGAUAUCUUCAAUCUCAUCAAAAAUCAAUUAUCCAACUCAAUCAAUAAUACUCUAAGAAAGUUGAAUAACGCCAUGACUGUAAACAAGAACCAUUCGAUGAAGCUCAACCAGCUUUGGGUAUUCUAUUCAAACCUUCUUGAAAGUUCAAGAAGGUUUUAUUCCAGUUAUAAUAAGGUUCAUGCCAAUAUUCCUGGGUUUAACAAGCUUAUGAACACCAAUUCCCCUAUUGGAGACUUUUCUAAGUGUCCAGUGGCACAUAUACCCGCAGUUACAAAAGCUCCUGGAAGAUGUCCUAUAGACUAUACUCAGUUCAUGAAAUCGUACAAGCGGAAGUCAUCUGGCGAUAGCCCUCAUCACCAGGAGCCUAUGGAAAGAGAACUUAAGCGUCUCCGAAUGGAAAGUGACUCGCCCAAGAGUACUAUUUCGCCUACAGACUCCAAUGGGUUUAUCGAUAGAGUUACCCAAAGUUACAUGGAUGACGAUCUAAUCAAUUCUGGUGGUUUCGAUUUCGAUAUCAACUUUAGGAACUUCUCAUCAUUGGAUAUCGGAUUCUUAAGUGAUUCUUUCGAAGCCUUGAGCCGAAGUGCAAGCACUGAUUCUUUCAACUAUAACAUUGAAGAAUCAUUCCAAUGA